GGCAUCACGCAGCCAUGGGACCUUGUCAUCGCUCGACCUUCGACAGAUCUUCCUUCUUCUAUAGCCACAAGCACCACUUUGCGACGUCCUUUGCGUAUCCGGCUGAGCCGAUGAGGUGAUGCCAGGCGGCAGAGAGCCUCGGCGUCACUGAUGGAGCGUCAUCCUCUCCCAGCUUCUGUGGAGCGACUGAAGGAGAGAGCCGCAGCGCUCCCCGACAAGGCAGCGCGACUGGCAAGGGGCCGACAGCUGCUGGUCAACUAUCGCCGGAGGAAGGACCUGCGGCUCCUCCCGGCCGACCUACGAGAUGACCGCGACGCCCUCUCCAAAAUCCUGGACCGCUAUCGGCGCGUUUCGCCCCGCGCAUCACCGGCGCCCUCACCCACUGCCGACCACCACCCCCAGUCCGACAGAGAGGGUGGGAGUCCCCAGACGACGGCCGAGCUGUCCUCGCCCCCUCCCCCCAUCCACGUAGAGGACAGCGUGUCGCCGGUGUCGGCGUCUUCGCGCGACAGGAAGAGCACCGAUGGGCCGCAGACGUCUGACACCAAGGCCGCUAGCGGCAGCAAGAUGACGGCGAGCGACGACUCUUCCUUCGGCGGGGGCAGGCGAGUGAGUGUGGGCGGCUCUCCGCUGGCGACUCGUCUGGAGGAGCUGCAGCUGAAGCUGGCGGUGACGAGGGAGAGAAACGCCUUCCUUGAGCCAUCCCUCGAGCAGGCGCAGGAGACCAUGAAGAAGCUCACGGAGGAGAGGGAGGCCCUGGCAGCUCAGGUCAAGCAGCUGACGGCAAAGGUCGACAACCUGCACGCCGAGAACCAGCGGCUCCACGCCGACCUCCGCGACCGGAAGCUCACCGAGUCGCAGAGCAGCAGCCAGGCGGCAGUGCUGUCACACGCCGUCAAGGACAUCUCCUCCUACUUCGCCAUCGCACACGGCUCCCCACCCUCAUGGAGCCGGCAGACCUCAGCAGCCACGCCCGGACAGCAGCGGGCGGAUCACGGCAGAAGGGGUGGCAGCGAUAGAUGGGACAAGUUGGACAGUCUCGUGAGGGGUGCGUUGCGUCACAGCGAGGGCGUGCCGCUGCUGAGGGCGUCGCUGGCUGCGGCGCAGAAGGAGUUGGAGGCCAUGAGGCGCGAGUGGGAGGAGGCUGUGGGGACGGGGGGGAGGGCGGGCGGUGUGAGAGAUGGGCCUACUGCCGACGAUAGCCAGCUGCGGCAGGAGAUGGAGGCCAUGCAAAAGUGAGAUACCUGCACAAGCGGGAGGGUACACAUUCUCACACGCAUCUAUGGAUGGUUGGAUGGAUGUAUUGGGUGUUGUCGUCACGGUGUGUUUCUUAGGCACAUAGCCCGUCUGGAGGCCAAGAUGGAUCUGCACCGCAAUGAGAUACGGCUGCUGAGCGAAGAGAACGAGAGACUCAGGACAGCAGGCAAACAGACAGCCAAGUAGACAGACAGACAGACGGACGGACGGGCCAUGUCGGGUCCGUCUCGUCUCUGUGCAUACAUACCCAGCGAUGUUUGAGUCCAUGGUGUGUAUUUGUGGGAUGCUGACGAGUGGUGGAAGGAAGAUUCAGCUGUGGUCUGAUGGGCUGGUUAUUACCGCUGACACGUGCACGGCGUCCGUUCGGGAAUGGAGCCAUUCCCUAUCGGAGACCAGGUGCUGUGACGGUGGAAGGUCUGCGCUGCCUGCCCUGGACAAUGGCCGUCUCUCAGGAUGAGCUAACUGUGCACGCCGUUCAUGGCACGCAUGGGUGGAUCGAUAAAUGCAUGGGCUGAACGCACAAGAUCCAC